CUUCAGUCUGCUGUUGUAAAGCCUAAUACCCUCAGAUACAGGGGAGGAGACUACAAUACAGAAACAUUCUGAAACACCAUGUCUCGUUCAGACGAGGUCAACAAGAUGACAGAAAACGUGUAUAAGGGGAUUCUGGACCAGUUCAACCCCAGUCUGAAGAACUUUGUGACCAUGGGGAAACACUAUGAGAAAGCCCUGACAGGAGUGACGGUAGCAGCCAAGGGAUACUUCGAUGGUCUGGUCAAACUGGGAGAACUGGCCAGUGACAGCCAAGGGUCCAAAGAACUGGGAGACACAUUAUUCCAGAUGGCCGAGGUGCACAGGCAGAUUCAGGUUCAACUGGAGGACGUGUUGAAGCUGUUCCAUUCUGAGCUGCUGUCCCAGUUGGAGCAAAAGCUGGAGUUGGACAUUAAAUAUCUUACCGCCACGUUGAAGAAAUAUCAGAGUGAGCGCAAGUCGAAGUCGGAAUCUAUCGAGUGCUGCCAAUCACAGCUCAAGAAGCUGCGCAGGAAGAGCCAGGGCAGUCGCCACCCCAACAAGUACGGAGAUAGGGAGAUGCAGGUAACUAGCAUCCAACAACACCAUUUUGUGUCAGUAGUGCUUUGAGUGUAAGGUUUCAACAAUGCAUUUGUGUAUUUUUGAAACACUUACAAUUGUGUUUUGACACUUGAGAUUUGUGUGGGAUUUUCUUGGAAACACCACCAGACUAAAUCAUCUUACUCAGCAUUACAAGGCACAGUCAAGUGUUCGUGUGUGUGUAUGUACAGUCUGUGUGCGGAAGUAUGGAUGAGAUUAAACAGCAAUCUGGCUCAGCUGAUUUGGCUUCCAGUCCUUACUGAGGUAAAAAAAAGGGGGAUAGGGAAGAGAAAGAGGCGAAAUCUUAGGAUUGAGAAAACAGGAAAUAAGAAGGGGUGGACAAUGGAAGAAAAGGUUAAGGAAGGUGAGGGAUAAUAUUUGGUGAUUAGGAUUUAGUUUAUCGCUGCUCAGCAGACAGGAUAUGAUGUCACUUCUUCCUUUUGGUCCCUCCGAUGAGCCUCUCUCCCGACAGUGUAUUAUAAAGGUCACAUAUCUCCUACUCCUCUGCCUCUGUUCAAAUCAAAUGUAUUUAUAAAGCCCUUCGUACAUCAGCUGAUAUCUCAAAGUGCUGUACAGAAACCCAGCCUUAAACCCCAAACAGCAAGCAAUGCAGGUGUAGAAGCACGAUGGCUAGGAAAAACUCCCUAGAAAGGUCGAAACCUAGGAAGAAACCUAGAGAGGAGCCAGGCUAUGAGGGGUGGCCAGUCCUCUUCUGGCUGUGCCGGGUGGAGAUUAUAACAGAACAUGGACAAGAUGUUCAAAUGUUCAUAAAUGACUAGCAUGGUCAAAUAAUAAUAAUCACAGUAGUUGUCGAGGGUGCAGCAAGUCAGCACCUCAGGAGUAAAUGUCAGUUGGCUUUUCAUAGCCGAUCACUGAGAGUAUCUCUACCACUCCUGCUGUCUCUAGAGAGUUGAAAACAGGAGGUCUGGGACAGGUAGCACGUCUGGUGAACAGGUCAGGAUUCCAUAGCUGCAGGCAGAACAGUUGAAACUGGAGCAGCAGCACGGCCAGGUGGACUGGGGACAGCAAGGAGUCAUCAUGCCAGGUAGUCCUGAGGCAUGGUCCUAGGGCUCAGGUCCUCCUCCGAGAGAAAGAAAGAGAGAAUUAGAGAGAGCAUACUUAAAUCCACACAGGACACCGGAUAAGACCGGAGAAGUACUCCAGAUAUAACAAACUGACCCUAGCCCCCUGACACAAACUACUGCAGCAUAAAUACUGGAGGCUGAGACAGGAGGGGUCAGGAGACACUGUGGCCCCAUCCAAUGAUACCCCCGGACAGGGCCAAACAGGAAGGAUAUAACCCCACCCACUUUGCCAAAGCACAGCCCCCCACACCACUAGAGGGAUAUCUUCAACCACCAACUUACCAUCCUGAGACAAGGCCGAGUAUAGCCCACAAAGAUCUCCGCCACAGCACAACCCAAGGGGGGGUGCCAACCCAGACAGGAAGAUCACAUCAGUUACUCAACCCACUCAAGUGACGCACCCCUUCCAGGGACGGCAUGGAAGAGCACCAGUAAGCCAGUGA